AUGCCUCAGCACGACGCUCGCCUGGACGACCGAGUGUGGGGACUACAUCAACUUGCUCCGCGAUCAGAUCAUGUUUCGGGCAGUGAUCAGGAUUUCUGGCAAGGGGUGAAAUGGGGCAAAGAGACAGCUGAUAAACUGGGCAGAUACAAUACAAGGCCUGGCAUAAACGCAACCCAGACAACUGCAUUUCGGUUUCUCUUCGCUUUCACCGUCACCUCAGGGCCCGAAGCCAGGCUGCCGCCACCCUCGCCGUCCGCCUACGAAGGCUGUGCCUCCGAUCGUCAAAAUCCCUCGCCUCCUCACCACCGCACGCACUUGCCCCCGUCUCAGCAUGUCGGUGCAAGACUACACCUCGAUGCCAUGGGCUGCCCACGCCAAAGACUCGCCCUCGACACUGAGCGAAGCUGA